AUGAUCGAGAAGUUGGACAAGUUUUCGUACGCAAUGUCAGGUAAGAAGUCGUAUUUAAAUUACGAGUUUGUAUUUUUAAGUUGAGAUCGCGUCUAAAUCUGGCAAACCCGAUCGAAGAACCAUGGUUUCGGCGGAGUUCAGGACAAAAACGGAAGACGGGAAGGAGAAAGUUCAUGUGAUACGACAACCGGCUGAUGAGUUCUUCAAAUUCCUGGAGAACUUCCACCAAGUUCUCGAUUCUGCCACGAAUAAUCUGUGA